AUGAUCGAAGAGAAGCCGCACCACCCCACCUCCACCGUCGGCACCGCUGUCACCCCGUCCCAUGUCGCACUGAUUGUCGGAGUCACCGGCAUCACCGGCCUCAGCCUCGCAGAAUCCCUACGCCACCCUUCCUCCCCGGGGGUCCCCUGGAUUGUCUACGGCGCAGCCCGGCGCCCUCCACCGCCGUGGUUCCCCCUCACCACCAUCCACCGCUUCCUCCAACUCGACGCCCUCGACCCCACCUCCACCCUCCUCACCCUCGCCCCUCUCUCCCUCCACGUCACCCACCUCUUCUGGGUCGCCUCCACCGCCGCCGCCACCCCAUCCGACAACGCCGCCAUGCUCUCCAACGUCCUUCAAUCCCUCCCCAACCUUCGCCACGUGGCACUCCAAACCGGCUCCAUGCACUACCUUCCACCUCUUCCUGCCGCCGGCCGCAGCCCCGCCACCCCCGCUCCUUUCCGAGAAGACUCCCCCCGCGGGGCCCACCCCCUCUUCUACUACGCGCUCGAAGAUGUGCUUGAAUCUUACCGCACUAUCCUGACGUGGACGGUCCACCGCCCCUCCGCGAUUCUCGGAGCUUCGGCCCGGAGCGAGUACAAUCUGGUGCUCACCCUCGCGGCCUACGCGCUCAUAUGCCGCCACGAGGGCGGCCCACUCCUCUACCCUGGAAAAGAUUACACGUGGCGUAAUCUCUGCUGCGAUGCGUCGGACGCCGGCCUGCUGGCCGAGCAGCAGAUCUGGGCGGCGGCGGGGAAUGCGGUGGUAGGGAACGAAGCAUUCAACUGCACCAACGGCGAUGUGUUUGCGUGGAGGAAUUUGUGGGAGGUGGUGGCCGGGGAGUUUGGCGUAGGACACUUGGCGAGAGGUGGGGAAGGUUGGGAGUGGGUGGUGACGAUGAAGGGAAAAGUAGACGUGUGGGAUGAGAUCGUGGAGGAGGAAGAGUUGGUGCGGACGAAGUUGGACGAGAUCGCGAACUUUGAGUAUUUGUACGCGAUGACUAACUUCGAGUUCGAGAUGGUGAGUUGCAUGCGAAAGAGUCGGGAUUUCGGGUUUGAUCGACGGGUGGAUACAAUGGACAGUGUGAAGAGAUGGAUUGGAAGAUUGAGGGAGAUGAAUAUUAUUCCAAAGCAUUAA